AUGGAGGACACUCGGAUGACGUGGCACCACAAGUUUCUUGAGGCUCUGGAGUACGAUGCUUGGGGGCAGGUGGAGGAAGCGGCAGAGGCCUACCACCGGCUGCAGGUGGCGGCCGCGGCGGAGCAUGAGGAGAACGUGCUGCAGCUGCCACCCCAGAGGCGCGCCGCCAUCGGGCACUUAGCGCGGGUGCUGCAGCUGCGCCUUGAGGAGCUGCGGGGCUCGACGGGCAGCGGCGGCAGCAGCGGCGGCAGCAGCGGCGGCAGAGGAGGCGGGGUGCAGGGGCAGAAGGCGAGCGUGGGGCUGGCCGGCAUGCAGUCGCUGAAGGCGUUUGUGACUGGGCUCAUCGUGUCUGAUGUGCAGCUGCCGCCCACGUUGGUGCCCCUGGUGGGCGGCGCCACACCAUCCCCCGGGGUGCAGCUGGCCCCGUGGCCGCGGCGUACAGGCCUGGGCGCGAGCGGCGCGGAGGAGGCAGACUCUGCCAGCGUGCCCGAGGGGCCCGACGGCGGCUGGACGAGGGCCAGCAGCGGCGGCGCGGCCGCGGCAUCUGCAAUGCUGGGGACCGACGCGUUUGGGCGCGGGCCAGGCGCUGAGCGCGGCACGCUGCGUCCGCCGCCGGAGGACCUGGCGCCGGGGGAGGCCACACUGAGCGUCUUCAUAGACUCAUGGCGCGUCAAGGGUGCCGACUCGAUGCAUGACGCGUCGGUGGCCAUCAGCGUGCGUGAUGCGGCGGGGCGGCUGGUGGAGGCGGUCCAGGAGACGCCCCCGCCUGACAGUGUGUCAGAGCAGCAGCUGAGGUGGGGCGCGACGGUGCACCUGCAGACGCUGCUCUCCCGCCUGGAAGGCGCGUGGGCGGUCUUCUUUGAGUUGCGGCACUGGAAGCCAGCAAAGAAGAAGAGGAGCGUCAAGGCGUGGUGCCAGCUGGACUCGGACGAGCUCGGCCCCCUGCUGCAGCCACAGCAACAGCCGCAGGGCCACGCGCUGGAGGGGUCCGGCGAUGGCGACGGCCACCGCAGGGCGCUGGAGGUCUACGCCAAGCCGCCCCAGUACGCGAGGGGCACCACCGCGCCGCGGCUGCUGAGCAGCAAGCCCCUCUACCUACAGGUGGCGAUUCACGUCACCCGCCACUGA